AUUUAGCAUAAACCCCAUUUUUCGAUGUUUCGUCAAAAGUCCUCCUCUCAUUGGUCAAGCAAAAAUGAUGUUUGGGAUCUGAUAUAAUAUUGAAUUUAUUAUUAUUCCCUAUUUAUAACUUUUUACUGUUUACAAUUCAUUCAAUUAUACCGUUUGGGAAUGCUUUUGGAACUCGGCUUUAAAAUGCAAACAUAUCUGGCAACCCAGUCCACUGUUGUUUGUUUUUUCUGUAGCUGUAGGUGGCGUUUCUUCGUUGUAUGAUCGGAUGCGUGCUUUUCUCUCCGUUUCUGUUUUUACAUCAGACAGCGUCGGACUCCGAGUACGCACAACUUUUUCGGGUCCGCAGAAUAAAACAGGAAGCAGAUAAAAGCUGAAACGGAUAUCGCAAUCCUGACCAGUUUUGGGAGCAACACUCGUCGCGCGCACAUACAUACAUACACACGCACACACACAAACGCACGCACGCGCACGGCUCCGUUCGGUAAAUGAGUGUGGCACGGAGACACAGCACCGCUUUUCCACUCGAGUGACUCAGAAACUUGAGACUUUCUCAGUCCGUGGGCCGCCUGGAAAAAAAAAAGAUGGGGACGCGGACAGGAGUGCGAAAGUUUUCUGUUUUGAUCAUCUCCCUACUCGGGGCGCAUCUCAUUAACGUGGCCGAGAGCUCGAAAGUGUGGGAUGAGGUGCCACUUCCAGAGGAUCUCGAGGCUGCCAGCUUGCCGAGGCCUCAGCGCUACCUCGAAGAUGAUGAAGACUUCGCCGCCGAUGACGCUUCAGGAUAUUUUAUCAGUGGAGAGGAGGAUGGAAGCACUCCAGAGCCACCGGUAGUUGACCCCCCCUCUACAACAAUUUACUAUCGUGCGCUGGUGAACUUCACAAACUCAUUCACCUACGGCCCUGAGCUUGACGACAUCGAUUCUGCCACCUUCCAAGAAAUCUCCGCGGCCAUUGUUGACACGCUUGAAUCUGAUUACUUCAGGAUACCAGGAACCCAGAUUGUCAAUGUGGUCCUCAUCAAGCAAAUUGGCAAGGAUGUGUUUGUGGAACUGGACGUGGGCUCGGAAGACAACUCUAACGAAGCCCAGAUCCGAGACGUGCUUUACUCCGUGGUUAGUGAAGGCUCCAUCGCGUCCUACGUGACCUCUGUCAGGGGCUUCGAGUUUAGACGCCUAGGAGAACCUGAUACCACCCUCCAUGCGGAGCCUCUAGCUUCUCCAGUGAAGCCCGGUCCAGCGGUGCCCUGUACCACUGACGAGUUCACCUGUAGAACCGGAGGGUGCAUACCUCAGAAUUUUGUCUGUGACAACAGACCAGACUGUGCGGACAUGAGCGAUGAGAUUAAUUGUGCUCCAGAAGAACCUACUGCUCUUCCACCCAUUCAAAUACCGAGUACCACUUCAGAGAUUAAAAUCCCCCCACGUCUCGGGCCGUGCCGUGCCGAUCAGUCCACGUGUCAGAACGGACAGUGCAUCUCCCGAGACUACGUGUGCGACGGAGAACGCGAUUGCAGCGAUGGAAGUGAUGAGCUCAAGUGUGGAACCCCUUCGCCCUGCGAGCCCAACGAGUUUAAGUGCCGGAACGGCCGCUGUGCUCUCAAACUGUGGCGCUGCGAUGGAGACAACGACUGCCAUGACAACUCUGAUGAGCUCGAUUGCCCUGUUAAGAAACCUGGGGACGUGUGUGCUCCGGAGCAGUUCACGUGUCAGAGUGUCCAGACCUGCAUUCCUGCCAGCUACCAGUGUGAUGAGGAGCCUGACUGUCCCGACCGCUCUGAUGAGUACGGCUGUGCUGCUCCCAUCGUGACCAGCCCUCCAGAAGAGUCCAUUACAGCGGCGCGGGGGCAGACGGUGACCUUCACCUGCACUGCCAUCGGCGUGCCCGUCCCCAUCAUUACGUGGAGGCUUAACUGGGGGCACAUUCCAGCCAGUAACAGGAUUACGAUAAGCAGCGAGAAUGGCCGUGGGACGCUGACCAUCCGUGACGUGAAGGAAGGAGACCAGGGCGCAUACACAUGUGAAGCCAUAAACGCUAAAGGCUUGGUGUUUGCCAUUCCAGAUGGAGUGUUAACCCUGACUCGAGUACCCAGUAACUGUCCUGAAGGACACUUCAACAUCGCCGGACGCUGUGUGCCCUGCUUCUGCUCCGGCAUCACCAAGAACUGCCAUAGCACCACGCGCUACCGCAGCAACAUCACACUGCGCUUCACGGAGGAGGAGAACUUUAAAGGAGUGAACGUGUCCUUCCCGUCUCGGCCAGGCACUCCUCCUCCUCUCUCCUCCACUCAGAUGAUGGUUAAUCCGGAGGAGGAGGAAUUCCAGCUGGUGGAUUUGUCUCGCCGUUUCUUGGACCUGGAAUCGUUCUGGACUCUGCCACGCCAGUUCCUGGGCAGCAAGGUGGACUCCUACGGCGGUUUCCUGAGGUUUAAGGUGAGCUACUUGCUGCAGAGGGAAGGCUCUGAGCCGGUGGACAAGCCAGAUGUGGUGCUGAGAGGUAACGGCCACAGACUGAUCUACCGUCGCGGCUCUCCCACCAACCCCAAUGUUAAAAACCAGCGAGAGAUCAAGUUCACCGAGGACUACUGGCAACACUCAUACGGGCAGCCGGUGUCUCGCACGGAUCUCCUGAUGACCCUGGCUAACCUGGAGAGCAUCAGCAUCCGCACCAUCUACAACAACCGCAUGGCCAGCGUGGGUCUGAGCGACAUCGUCAUGGACACCACCAGCGCGGCGCCCAGCAUGCUGGGCCAGCCUAGAGAUGUGGAGGAGUGCAGGUGUCCACACGGGUACUCCGGCCUCUCCUGCGAGUCGUGCUCUUCUGGGUUCGAGCGGGUACCUGGGGGUUCCUACCUGGGCACCUGCGCCGGCUGUAAUUGCCAUGGCCAUGCCAGUGCCUGUGACCCGGUCAGCGGACACUGCCUGAGUUGUCAGCACAACACAGAGGGACCGCAGUGUGAUAAAUGCCGUCCCGGCUAUUUCGGUGAUCCCAGUCGUGGUCGACCGGACGACUGUAAGCCCUGUCCCUGUCCUUACGCGGAGACAUCUCGCAGGUUUUCAGACACUUGCUUCGUGGACGUGGACGGUCAGGCCACGUGCGAUGCCUGUGCGCCGGGCUACGCGGGACGCCGCUGCGAGCGGUGCGCGCCCGGGUAUGUGGGAAAUCCUCUGCAGCCCAACGGAAAAUGCAUUCCGUACAACGCAGAGAUUACACAGUGUGACAACAGAGGAGCUAUCAGUUCCAGCAGCAGACCGUGCACCUGCAAGGGCAACGUGGCUGGAGCUUUGUGCGAGGAGUGUAAGCCAGGAUCCUUCCAUCUUUCUGCUGCCAAUCCAGAAGGGUGUUUGCAGUGUUUCUGCAUGGGCGUGACCAAGCAGUGUGCCAGCUCCACCUGGACCAGAGAUCAGGUGCGAGGUGGCGUCAACGGGCAGCUGUUUUCUCUCGCCAACGAAGGCAAUACUCGCUUCAUCACUGAGGGCAUCGCCCAGAGAAGUGGCGCCGAGGUCGUCUAUCGCUCGUUCUCCAGCAUCCCCAAUGACAUCUACUACUGGGUGCUGCCCGAGAGCUUCCGAGGAGACAAGGUGACUGCGUAUGGAGGAGAGCUGCGCUACAAGGUGCGUUACGAGCCUGGCGCCCGCUCAGUGGUGAUCGAAAACAAGCCCGACGUGGUCCUCCAGGGCAACGGCAUCUCCCUGGAGCACUACUCGCAGACCAAGACGCUGCCCCGAGUCCCUGCCACCUUCCUGGUGCCCUUCCGAGAGUCUGCAUGGAGGAGAGCUGACGGACAGCAGUGCACUCGAGAGCACCUUCUGAUGGCCCUGGCUGACAUCUCCGUCUUCAUGAUCAGAGCCACUUACGCAGACAACAUGGCCGAGAGCAGCGUUGCUGAUAUCCAGAUGGAUAUCGCGGUGCCACAUUCCACCGGGAACGAGAGGGCUCUCGAAGUGGAGGAGUGCGCCUGUCCUCAAGGCUACAGAGGGCCGUCCUGCCAGGAUUGCGAUGUGGGAUACACACGCACUGGAUCAGGCCUCUACCUUGGCACUUGUGAGAAGUGCGAGUGCCACGGACAUGCUAGUAGCUGUGACUCGGAGACAGGCGCAUGCUUGCAAUGCCAGCACAACACAGUUGGGCCCAGAUGUGAAAGCUGCCAUGUUGGUUUCUAUGGUGAUCCAGUGACCGGCGGCGUACACGCUUGUAGACCAUGCCCUUGUUUUGGACCCGCCUCCGGAAGCAGCGAGACAAGGGUGUGCUACUUGGACACGGAUGGACAGCCUACUUGCAAUAACUGUCCUGUUGGUUAUACUGGAAGGCGCUGUGAGAGAUGUGCCCCUGGAUACACUGGCAAUCCUGAACAUGGACAGAGCUGCACUCCAGGAAGCGGGACAUGCCAAAACUGCGACCAGCGAGGAAGCGAAGGCUGCAGUUCGAACGGGAUCUGCCGCUGCAAGAUGAACACUGAGGGCCCUUCAUGCUCCAGCUGCAAGCCUGGCACCUUCCACCUCAGCCCUGCCAACAAAGAUGGCUGCCUGGCGUGCUUCUGCAUGGGAGUCACUCAGCAGUGCUCCAGUUCGUCCUUGUACAGAGAUGUCAUCACCACCGCGUUUGCCCCCGGAAACGCCCAAGGCUUCGCUCUCGUGAACCGGCAACGCACCAACCGCAUCAGCAACGGCUUCUCGGUGGAGUUGUCCACAGACGGAACGCAGCUCUCGUUCACCAACUUUGACUAUCACAGCCAGGAGCCUCAUUUCUGGCAGCUCCCUUCCGGCUACCAGGGAGAUAAGGUUCAAGCCUACGGAGGAAAGCUCAAGUACACCAUCUCAUACGUGCCCGGGCCGAGGGGCGCUCCAAUAGAGGACGUAGACGUUCAGAUCAUCGGUAAUGACAUCACUCUGGUGGCGCGACAGGAUUGGCGAAGGGGCCUGGGACCAAGAGAGAGCCGUAACUUUGAGUUUAUCUUCCGAGAGGAGUACUGGCAGCGUCCCGAUGGCAUGCCCGCCACUCGGGAACACCUGCUGAUGGUGCUGGCCGACCUGGAUGACAUCCUGAUCCGAGCCUCUUACCACACAGUCAUGCGCUCCUCCAGCAUCUCGGGGGUCAGCAUGGAGAUCGCCGUGCCUCAGUAUACCGGCCUGGAACGAGCUCUGGAGGUGGAGCAGUGCCGCUGCCCGCCGGGGUAUCAGGGCCUGUCCUGUCAGGACUGCGCUUCAGGCUACACCCGCACGGGUGGAGGACUCUACCUCGGCCACUGUGAGCUGUGUGAAUGUAACGGUCACUCUGACUCCUGCCACCCAGAGUCUGGAACCUGCACGAGCUGCCAGCAUAACACCAUGGGUGAGCAGUGUGAGCAGUGUGCUGCUGGGUUCUUUGGCGAUGCCAGUGCUGGAACCCCAGAGGACUGCCAGCCCUGCGCCUGUCCCCAUACUGACCCAGAGAACCAAUUCUCGCCCACUUGUGAGAGUCUGGGAAACGGAGACUACCAGUGUACGGCCUGCCAGCCGGGGUACACGGGCCAGUACUGUGAGCGGUGUGCGCCUGGAUACGUCGGAAAUCCGCAACAGAGGGUCAGAUGCCAACCGUACAAUUCAGCUGCCUCUCUGGUGGUGAGGGUGUAUCCUGACAAGGUGCAGGUGUCUCAGGGCAGCUCAGUCACCCUCAGGUGCCAGGUGUCUGGACCUCCGCCACACUAUUUCUACUGGACACGUGAUGAUGGCCGUCCCAUCUCCAGCUCUGCCGAGAGACGCAGACAAGGAGAAGAGUUGCAUUUCUCCCGUGUGCAGCCUUCUGAUGCUGGCAUUUACAUUUGCACCUGCAGAAACCAGCUGAACACCAACCGCAGCCAGGCUGAGAUCAUCAUCACAACUUCUCCAUCCAAACCUAUUGAGGUGUUUAUCGAGGAGCCUAAAUACCAGAGUGUGAUCCCAGGAGCCACAGUGAACUUCAUCUGCACAGCCAAGAGCCAAUUCCCAGCCUACACGCUUGUGUGGACACGUCAAGGCAGCGGCAAGCUCCCUGCCCGCGCUAUGGACUUCAACGGCAUCCUCACGAUCCAGAACGUUCGGCCUGAAGACGCCGGGGUCUACGUGUGCACCGGCUCCAACAUGUUCGCUAUGGACGAGGGCACGGCCGUCCUCUAUGUCCCAGACGGAACUAAGGCUGAGAUGUUUUACACAGCCUAUGAAAUGUUUGAAGGACAUAGACAGCCUGGCGAAGUAACGAAGCCCACAGUCACGAUCCACCCAGCUGUUCUCCGCGUCCAACAGGGCCAACGCGCUGAGUUCCGCUGCACCGCCGCUGGCAGCCCAGCACCUUCACUUGAGUGGACAGGAGGUCCGGGCAACCGUAUCAGCAGCAGAGCCUUCAUCCGAGGUGGAGUUCUCACCUUCCCUUCUGUGCAGCAUUCUGAUGAAGGAGACUACACCUGCAGAGCCGUCAACACACAAGGAGAACAUACGGCCCGGGCGGUCCUCCACAUCUACAGUUCACCGGCUGAUGAGGCGGUGAAGCCCACAGUCACGAUUCACCCAUCUGUACUCCGAGUCCAGCAGGGCACACGCGCUGAGAUCCGCUGCACUGCCACUGGCAACCCAGCUCCUUCCAUUGAAUGGACAGGAGGCCCAGGAAACCGUAUCGGUGGCAGCGCCAUCAUCAGAGAUGGGGUUCUCACCUUCCCAUCUGUUGAGCGCUCUGACGAGGGCGACUACACCUGCAGGGCCUUCAACACACACGGAGAACAUGCAGCCCGGGCAGUCCUCUACGUCCACAGUUCAUCUGCUGUCGAGGUGACGAAGCCUACGGUGACGGUCCACUCGCCCGUGCUCACCGUCCAACAGGGCCAACGUGCUGAGUUACGCUGCGCCGCCACUGGCAACCCGGCUCCUUCUAUCGAGUGGACAGGAGGUCCGGGUAACCGUAUCAGCACCAGAGCCAUCAUCCGAGGCGGAGUUCUUAUUUUCCCCUCUGUGGAGCGCUCUGACGAGGGCGAAUACGUUUGCAGAGCCUUCAACACGCACGGAGAACAUGCAGCCCGGCUGGUCCUCAAUGUCCAGAGUUCAUCUGCCGGCAUCGUGUCGAAGCCCACCGUGAACAUCCACCCGCCUGUUAUUACCAUCCAGCAGGGCCAACGUGCCGAGUUCCGCUGCACCGCCACUGGCAACCCGGCUCCUUCAGUCGAGUGGACAGGUGGUCCGGGUAACCGUAUCAGCAGCAGCGCCAUCAUCCAAGGCGGAGUUCUCACCUUCCCUUCUGUGCAGCGCUCUGACGAGGGCGACUACACGUGCAGAGCCGUCAACACGCACGGAGAACAUUCCGCCCGCGCGGUCCUCUACGUCCACAGUGCCAGUCUGCCCCACGUGCAGGUGAGCCCCCAGCGGGUGGAGAUUCAUGAGGAUCAGACUUUGCGCCUCUACUGCAGAGCUGGAGGCUCACCAAGCCCGGGUCUGACCUGGAAAAAGAGAGGUGGAACUCUCCCUCCUCAGGCCAUUCCCUCGCACGGUUUCCAUCAGUUUAAGUCCAACAGUCUCGAUGCGUUGCAGAGACGUAUUGACGAGAUGCAGGCUCGAAUGGAGCGUACUGACUACGGCACUCUGCUCAUCCCCAACGUGAAGAUGUCCGACGCCGGCACGUAUCUGUGUAUCGGGACGAACGCCGUCGGCUCGUCCGAGGCCGUUAUCGACGUCACUGUGAUUAAAGGUGAGACCGUCCCCUCUGAUGUCACCAUCCAAAGCACAACCAGCAACGUGGUGCAGGGAGAGAUGCUGGAACUGAACUGCGUCGUCCAAGGAAACCCUCCACCUUCUGUCAUAUGGAGCAGAGCUAAUGGCUUAGGCCUCUCCUCUAACCACCAGGUUAUCGGAUCCAAGCUGCGCAUCCUUCAGGCGUCCCAGGACGACUCUGGGGAGUACAUCUGCAGGGUCUACGGAGGCCCAAACACUCGCCAAGCGAGCAUCUACGUCUCCGUUACCUCCGAGGCCGUUCGUCACCAGAGCCCGAUCAUCUCCAUCGAGCCCCACAGCGUAGUCGUGAAGACGGGCGAUUCGGCCGUCUUCAGGUGCCGAUUACACACCGGAGCGGAGCCUGUCCGUAUGGAGUGGAAACUCUCUACUAAUGAGCCUUUACAAGAUAAUGUGAAGGUCAGUCCAGAUGGUUCAGUGCUCACCAUUUCCAAUGCUCAGCCAGUAAACCAUGGUGCAUACCGCUGUGUGGCCAGCAACCCAUACGGAGUCACGCACAGCAUUGCGUCUCUGAUUGUCAGAGAACUCCCCAAAACUACAGUGACACCCACAGGGCCAGUGAGGGUGAAGGUGGGUGAACCCAUUAACCUGGAGUGCCAGGCAGCUGGAGAGCCGCGACCUUCUGUCACCUGGCACAGGCUGGACAACAACCGCAAGACAAUACUGAGAAGCCCCGUGCCCAUGGAGUCCAACGCUGUCAUGCAGAUUUUGGUUGCACGGCCUGAGGACAGCGGCACAUACAUUUGCACAGCUCAGAACAACCAGGGCAGAUCAGAGACCCGGGUAGAGGUGAUUAUAGAAGGUGGACCCCAGGUUCCAACUGUGCCCCGUGCCAUCGUACGUGAGCCUCUAGUGGUUGUAGUGGAGGGGACAACUACGGUUCUACACUGUGAUGCCCACGGAUUCCCGAAACCCACGAUCACCUGGUCGAAGCUCCGUGCACCUCUUCCCUGGAGACAUAAGAUCGUCAAUAACAGUCUUGUCUUGCCCAACGUGGGACGACAGGACUCUGGGCAGUACAUCUGCAACGCCACCAACCACAUGGGCACCAGCGAAGUCACCAUCAUGGUAGAUGUAGAGACACCUCCAUACACCACUAUGCUUCCUGAUGACGUAGCGGUGCGAGUCGGCGAGGUCAUCAGACUGCAGUGUCUGGCCCAUGGAACACCACCGAUGCGCUUCGAAUGGAGCAAGGUGGACGGCAGGCUGCCCGCCCGGGCUGACGUGCAGGGAGGAGACCUACAGAUCAACUUGGCUUCCCCAAGCGAUGCUGGAACCUACAAGUGUGUGGCCAGCAACAAAGUGGGCAGGAGCGAGGCUGUCGCAAAAGUGUCCGUACGAUCGCCGUUGUCGGUGCGCGUCUCCCCCCAGGUUGAAGUGAAGGCUCUGGGCAGUGCAGUGGAGUUCACGUGCUCAGCCAGCGGAGGUCCGGAGAUCACUCUGGAGUGGCUGAAGGAGGGAGGAUCGCUUCCACACAAUCAUCACAUUAAAGACGGAGUGCUGAGGAUUGAGAACUUGGAAAAGAGCAAUGAGGGAAUGUACAUCUGCAGAGCGACCACGCUGUUUGGCCAGGCACAGGAUACCGCUAAGCUCACCAUUCAAGCGUUGCCUAAGGUGAUGAUCAACGUACGCACGUCGGUGCAGACGGUCACGGUGGGCACCUCGGUGGAGUUCGAGUGCCAUGCCGAGGGCGACCCAGUUCCUACAGUGCACUGGAGUAAAGUGGGAGCUCCACUACCUGAUCACGUGCAGGUGAAAGGGGCCAUGCUGAGGAUCGAGCGUGUGACCGAGGCUGAUGCCGGGCAGUACCGCUGCACCGCAACCAACAACGUCGGCUCCGUUCAGUCUCAAGUGGUCCUCAACAUCCAGUCUUUGCCCCAGAUUUCUGCUCAGCCUGAUACGAAAGAAGUGACCGUUGGCUCGACUGCGAUUUUCCCCUGCGUCGCCACUGGAUACCCCGUUCCAAACAUCACAUGGUCGAAGCUGGAGAACGAACUACCACCGAAGUGUGUGCAGGACGCUCAUGUGCUCACCGUCCCAGACGUCACCCAUGAAGAUUCUGGCACGUACGUGUGUACGGCAGCAAACAAGCAGGGCAAAGUGCAGGCCUUUACCAAACUCAACGUGCAUGAGCGAGUGAUGCCGUAUUUCAGUCAGGAGCCCCUGUCCUACCUCAAGCUUCCCACCAUCAAAAACUCCUACAAGGCAUUUAAGAUUAAGAUCACCUUUAGACCAGACAACGUGGACGGUCUCGUUUUGUAUUCCGGAAUGAUCUUGUAUAACGGGCAGAAGAAGACCAUGGGGGCUGAUUUCAUUUCUCUCGGGCUUGUGGGUGGUCGCCCUGAGUUCAGGUUCGAUGUGGGCUCUGGCAUGGCUACCAUCCGCUACCCCACUGCAAUAAAGCUGGGUGAGUUCCAUACAGUGCAGCUUUACCGUAACGGCACGCAAGGGUCCAUCAUAGUGGACGAUGAAGCUCCCAUCAAUGGUACUUCCCAGGGCAAAUUCCAAGGGCUGGAUCUGAACGAGGAGCUAUUUGUAGGCGGCUAUCCAAACUACAGCAUGAUCGCCAAGACGGCAGAGCUCAAAAGCGGCUUUGUUGGCUGCAUUAGUCAUCUAAUUAUCCAAGGGGAUGAAGUUAUUUUCAAGGAUCUGGACAGAAGUUCGACCGGUGUGACUAACUGCCCCACCUGCAAGGAUCACCCGUGUCAGAACGGCGGAGUGUGUGUGGACUCGCUGGCCAGCCUGUACAAGUGCAGCUGUCUGAGAGGAUUCACCGGGAGCAACUGCCAGCACCUCACAUCCGAACACUGCCAUCCAGAGGCUUGUGGCCCUGACGCUACCUGCAUUAACCGGCCCAGCGGCGUGGGCUACGACUGCCGCUGCCACCUCGGCAAAUACGGACACAAAUGCAUGGACGGCACGCUGGUGACAACGCCGCUGUUUGAUAGUGAUGAGUCGUAUAUCGCGUACCCUCCUCUCACCAAUAUCCACAAUGACCUGCGCGUCGACAUGGCGUUCAAACCCAUGGACGAAGAUGGCCUGAUGUUCUUCAUUGGCGGGAAGAAGAUGAAGGUGGAGGACUUUGUCACUCUUUCACUUGUGGAAGGACAUGUGGAGUUUCGUUAUGAGCUCGGCACAGGCCAGGCAGUGCUGCGCAGUCAGGAGCAGGUGUCCAUAGGUCAAUGGCACCAUGUGACAGCCGAGCGCUUCAACCAGGAUGGCGUUUUGAAGCUGGACGACGGGCCCGAGGUCAGGAGGUCAUCCCCUGGGAAGGCCCAGGGCCUCAAUGUCUACACGCCUAUGUUCCUGGGUGGCGUGCCAACGAAGGACAUCCUGCCCAAACCUGCCAACGUCAGCAUGUUCUUUGAUGGCUGCAUUGGCGAGGUUUCUAUCAAUGGGAAGAAGAUCGAUCUGUCCUACACUUUCACAGAGAGCAGGGCCAUCAGUCAGUGCGUCGCCAUCAGCCCGUGUGACCGCAGGCCGUGUCGACACGGUGGCACCUGCAUGGCCACCGCUGAGUAUGAGUUUCAGUGCCUGUGCAGGGACGGAUAUGUCGGAGACCGCUGUGAGGUGGUGAAGGACACCUGUCUGGACUCGUCUCAGUGUCACAAUGGAGGCAGCUGUGUGAACGGUCACUGUGUGUGCGCCGCAGGUUACACAGGUGUCUUCUGUCGAGAAGGGCAGGAGGCCAUCGUGCACGAGGCGCCGUGGAAUUUGGAGGGCAGCGGGGUGAACGAUUCCCCAGUACAAUACGCUGCUUAUUUCCAUGAUGAUGGCUACCUCAGCCUUCCCAAACCCAUGUUCCCACGCAGUGCUCCUGAGUCACCUGAGACCAUCGAGCUGGAGAUAAACACACUUUCUGUAGACGGCCUCGUCCUGUGGCAGGGGGUGGAAUCAGGAGACCAAGGAAAAGGCAAGGAUUUCAUAAGCCUUGGGUUACAAAAUGGAUACCUUGUGUUCAGUUACCAGCUGGGCAGCGGGGAGGCAGAAAUACUCUCAAAGGAACGCAUUAACGAUGGACUUUGGCACAAAAUUACUGCAGUCAGGACAGGAAAGCAGGGCUACGUUCAGGUAGAUGGCAGGACGAUUCAACAUGGACAGUCCCCCGGAAGGAGUGUCAUGGUGAACACCAAGGGCAACAUCUACCUGGGUGGAGCUCCAGACAUGGCCGCUCUCACUGGUGGGAAGUUCUCCUCAGGUAUCACAGGCUGCGUGAAGAACCUGUCUCUGCUUAACGGCCGGCCAGGAGAACAGCCUUCACGGCCCAUCGACCUGCAGCUCCACGCUGAAGGUGGCAAAAACGUGCGGCGCUGCUCAUCGUAGGCAAAGACGCUGCAGCGCCACCCAGAGACUGAGAAAAUACUCUCUCACACACACACACACACACACACACACACACACACACACACACACACACACACACCGCAGGAGAGACACGGAUCUCGGACACCUACAGGACUGCAGAUGCAUUUCACUUGCAUUUUAACCUAGACACAGACACACACACACACACACACACACACACACACACACACACACACACACACGCAAUACAAGAGACUGUUCUCAUACACGAACAGGAUCUCAAAUACAUUUCACCUCAGUUUUAACUUCCGUACACACACUUACAGCAAGAGACAUACAGGGCUCUCCGUGACCGCCAAAGUGUUUUUGCUUUGUGUUUAACCUACACACUCACACACACUGAUAUAUUCUCUUGGUGCCUUACUGCUGCCAAAAAUCUUUUUUUUUUUUUUUUUUUUUUUUUUUUUAAACUCUGUGCUGCAUAAACCAAAAGAGAGUGAGAGAAAACACUACACAUUUCACUUAGUGUUGUGUAAUGAAGGAUGAUUAACAUGGGAUAUCAGUUUACAUAGUCCUGCAUUAGCUUUUGUUUUAGCCAUGAUUUCAAGAGAGAGAGAGAGAGAGAGAGAGAGAGAGAGAAUAUCCAAGAAAAAAAAAUACAUGACAUGUCUUCACUGAUGGCUCAGAUCCUAUGUGAUCAGAAAUGUUUUUACAGCACUGAAUUUUUAUUUAUAUGCAUAUAAAUAUAUGGAUCUAUAUUAAAUAUUUGUGUUGGGAAGGAUGCUAAUUAACCCUAGCCUGUUUUUCCUCGAGUUGAUUCUAGGUCCUAAUAAUGUGUGUCUGAAGCUUGUGCGCUGAGCUGUGUUUAAUACUUGAAGACUCCGCGGCCUUUCGUUUCCUCUCUGUUCUCUCUGAGACGGCUUAGACACUUCUAGAACACAGGGACGGGGUUUCUGUACACUGGGAAGGCCCUAGCUCCAAAUACACUCCACAUCUCAGGUGACGCCGAAGCGGAAGACGAGAGACACGUCGGAGGCUGAAACGAGCGACCCUUUUUUUUUGUUUGUUUUGGGAGAUUUUUUUUAAUACGCAGUUUCUGUUUUAAGAGAAAUCAUCAACCUUCCAUACGUUAACCUCUAAAUUACUGGUGUAUAUGAAAAACCCAAUGGUGCUAAACACACUACAAGCACAUACUCUUCUGUCUUCUGCCAAUGACUUGCCUCUGUGUUUCUAAUGUAACAUGUAUUGUAAGUAGCAAAAACCACAAGUUUGCAAUAAAAGUAUUUUUGCUUAAUGCCAACCUA